AUGAAAGCCGCCAGGAUAUUACUAAAAGGACGUUCUGCAUGGAAAGGCCCUGCUGUUGUUCCCUUGCCCAUCGCCAACGCCGUUAAAACAGGAGCUCCCAUCAGAACCAACGCUAGAGCUUGUACGAUAUUACCACAGUUUGUUGGAUUGAAAUUUCAAGUCCACAACGGAAUGGAGUACGUGGAGUUCGAGGUGACCGAUGAAGUGGUAGGAAGCAAACUUGGAGAGUUUGCCAGAACUAGAAAGUACCCACACCACACCAAUAAGCUCUAA